AUGUGUCAGCUCAUGGGUAUGCAGGCCAACACUCCGACGGACUUUUGCUUCUCGUUUCGUGGGUUCCGGGAACGCGGGGGGCGGACGGGUCGCCACGUCGACGGGUGGGGCGUGGCCUUCUUCGAAGGGAAAGGGUUCCGAAAUUUCUGCGAUUCCUUGCCGAGCGCGCUGAGCCCCAUCGCCAACCUGAUCUGCAACUACCCGAUCAAGACCCGGACGGUGAUCGCCCACGUGAGGAUGGCGACGCAGGGCAAGGUUCGCCUUGAGAACGUGCACCCUUUCUCUAGGGAGCUUUGGGGAAGCUACUGGAUAUUCGCGCACAACGGCGAUGUGCCGUCCGCCAAGGACCCCGCCACGAGGGCGCUCUUCCUGCAGACCAAGAGCAAGCGGUACACCCCCGUGGGGGACACGGACAGCGAGGCGGUGUUUUGCUUCUUUCUCAAUCGUCUCUUGGACGCCUUUCCGCACGCCCCCCCGAACAUGGCGGACGUGUUCGUCGAGCUGAAGCGGUUGUGGAAGGAACUUUGCAGCGAAUCGGGAGUUAUCUUCAACUUUUUGCUGGGACAGGGUGGGGACACCCUUUUCGCAGGGUGCUGGCCAGGAGCUCGUCCUGGAUCCGAGGUGUGGAACAGCCUGUACUACACCGUGAGGGAGUUUCCGUUCACGACCUGCCAGCUCAUUGACGACGACUGCGAGGUGGACUUCAAUACCGUCACGACGCCCAGCGAUCGUGUGGCCGUCAUUGCUACAGCCCCGUUGACCACCAACGAGGUGUGGUGCGAGAUGGCAAAAGGUGACCUGCUGGCCUUCCACGGGGGUCAGCCGUUCAGCAGCCCGGACGACUUCCGACGCCAGCUCCGGACCAAGGCCGUGGACAUCUCUGUCUGCUCCGACGCCGGCGCGUAGUCCUUGACCGGCCAAGAACAAAAAAACACAGCUGGUUCAAUUUUGCCGGCGGGGAGGGGGCUGCGAGGGCCUCGAGCCUGCCUGCGCCUUUUACGAUGGCUGAGUUUUAUAGCUGUGGGGAUGGUGUCUCCAACGCGAGAGGGCCGUGUUUUGCGCCGAGCGAGCAGAGAGCAUCCUCGAUGAUGACGACAAUGGCGUCUUCCGGUUGAUUGCUUGUGUGUUGAGCAUGGCAAAACCACGGACAGAGUAGAGGUGAUGUCUGCGUUUCCGUCUUCUGGUAUCGCAUGCCGGCCGGCGCAUACGGUUUCCACGCGAUUUAGCCACUAGCAGCGCACGCCACAUUUUUCUUUGUCACGGGGAAGGCGUUUCGUUUCCUUAAUUUUCACGAGUACUUGGUACAUACAUUGAACGCAUCGCACCUAUUGCGUAUGCCGUUCCCCAGAUUGAGGGGCAGAGAGAGCCCUCUGCAGGGUCAUCAUGGACAUACUUUUUUUGUCUUGUCGAAAACGGGUGGCGUUCCACCCCUGUUAGAGUCUUUCCAUCCACGUCCUUACGACCAAAAAAGUGUAAUCAAGCACGAAGGUGCCUCAUGUGUAAUUACCCGCAAUCGUACAUUUAGGAGUUUACGUGUAUCUCCCCUGUCUCCUUCGGCAGUGAGUGCCAUGUGGGCCCAAACGUAUUAGGUGGUGUUCGUUGUCUCUAGAGUUUUACGAUGUUUUACACGGCAUCAACAGCAGCAGCGCCUCCUGUCCGAUGUUGUUGUCAUCACAUGGGCCCUGCCCAUCACCUUCCGCACUCGUCACGGGCGGCGGGAAGAGGAGGCAGGGAAGGGGCCAGUAUCCGCGAACGGGGUGGUUAUAUUCAGAAGGAGAGGCCCGCCGGGGAGACAGACCUCUGUGGUAUGUAUGCAUUGCCGAGUUGUUGUUUGUCGUUUGGCUGGAACACCCUUCUGGUGGUCGAGAGAUGGCGCCCGUUGAGAACCGGUCGUCUCCCAGGGGCCGCCGUUCGUUCCGUCGUGCAAGCGUCGCUUGCUUCCUUGGGUGGUAGCUAAUCGGGACGUCGCCGUCAUCUACUCGACCGACUGUUCUUGCUUGAGUCAUGCUCGCUACGUUUGAGUGUCUCUUCAUGUCGUUUUUCGUGCUGGUCAUUUGUGUUUUUUUGCUUCCAGGUAGAUUUUUGGCGUCCUGUGGCUUGUUUGUUCGGUGUUUGGGUUGCUUCGUUCGAAGAACUUCGCCGUCGUCGGGUUCAACGUGGAUGGCCGUUUGAGUCGUCGUCCAACAGGCUGUGACGGUUUUGAUUUCGCACGCGG